UCACAAAGCGGACCAGUCUGAAUCUCAAGUAAAAUAGAGAAUAAGGCAUUUUCCAAAUUUCUUCAUCUUUUUUUCCUGUAUAUUUUUUUUUUUUAUAUCUUCUCCACCAUGCUUAAUAAGUGUUGUUUCUGUAUAAACCUUAGAACUGCCACUUUAGCCUUGGCAAUCUUGGGUACACUUACACACCUUUACGGUGCCAUGACUUUAACUGCUUUGUCUGAUGAAUUUGAUGAUGCUGAUACUGGUGCUGUACUUGGUUUGACUGCUUACUCUUAUCUCUCCGGUUUUGCUUGUCUGGCUGGUGCCAUUGGUGUAUUAAAGAAUAACCUCAAACAACUUCGCUUUUUCACUGCUUACUAUUGGGCUGACUUGGGUUUGCACACAAUUUUCUCAGUUGCAAGCGCAGUAUUACUCUUUAGUCUUCACACCGAAAUUUGCCAAGAAAUCGUAAGCGAAGCUAAAGACGAUGAACUCGAUAUGAACACUUGCGAAAUGCUUUAUAUUCGUAGUUCAUGGUUUGUCACGAUUGCCAUGGCUAUCAAUAUGCUGAUGAAGCUUCAUUUUGCUUUUGCUGUUCAUUCUUACACGAAACAAGUCAAACAACAACAACAACAAUUUGAAGAUGAUGAAGCAACUGUUGUUGUUCCUCCUUAUCCUGCUGCUGAAGCUAUGGAUAUCAAGAAAGAGGCCAUUUAUGUUGCUGGUCAAGAAUUCAUUCCUGAUGAAAAGAAGCAAUAAUAACAACAACAAUAACAAUAAGCAUCUGCAUUGAUAUACUAGCAUUUCUUUACAUCUAUUCAAUAAAUUACCUUUCUCAAUGUAUUUUUAGAAGCCAAUGUCAUAUGAGAAAUGUCGAUAUCGACAAUUAAGGCAGGUGCGCCCAGCUCUAUUCAAGCUAGAAGAUGCCGUCAUACUUUGGACUAUUUUUUGGUCUAGUCUAGUUUAUCGCCAAAGUUAAGAAAAGCUCAGUCCUUCUUUGAGAAAUAAACGAUGUUUUGGAGCUCGAUU